CAGGUUCUGGGGUGUGUUCCAAGUUCCAUGUUCUGUGUGCAGACUCCCGGCGCCGCAGCAAAGGCGGGCCUUGGCAGGGCCUGGCUGUGACUCUAGCUUCCCUUAUAUACUCCACAGCUGGCAAAGAGGAACUUUGGAGACAGUCUUGACACUACCCUCACUCAGAGAAGCCCCCGGGCCCGCUCGCUGUCUCUCCAGCCCCCUUUCGGAGAGCCGCCAUGGCUCUCACUGACGCCGAUGUCCAGAAGCAGAUCAAGCACAUGAUGGCUUUCAUCGAGCAGGAAGCCAACGAGAAGGUGGAGGAAAUCGAAGCUAAGGCUGAGGAGGAGUUCAACAUUGAGAAAGGACGCCUUGUACAGUCCCAGCGACUCAAGGUUAUGGAGUACUAUGAGAAGAAGGAGAAGCAGAUCGAGCAGCAGAAGAAAAUUCAGAUAUCCACACUGAGGAAUCAGGCAAGACUGAAAGUCCUUACAGCCCGAGAUGAACUCGUCUCGGAGUUACUGAGGGAGGCAAAGCUGAGACUCUGCAGGAUUGUGGCGGACCCGAUUAUGUACCAGGAGCUGCUGGAUAAACUAGUGCUCCAGGGUCUGCUCCGCCUGCUGGAGCCCAUAGUGAUGGUGCGCUGCAGGCCUCAGGACUGCCUCCUUGUGCAGGCUGCAGUGCACAAAGCCAUCCCUGAGUACAUGAUGGUCUCCCAAAAUCAAGUGCAGGUCCAGAUUGAUCAAGAGGCACAGCUGGCCAGCAACACGGCCGGGGGCGUGGAGCUCUACAGCGGCAACCAUAUGGUAAAGGUUGCCAGUACCCUGGAAAGUCGACUUGAUCUCUCUGCCCAGCAAAAGAUGCCCGAAAUCCGAGAGGCUUUGUUUGGAGCUAAUGUCAACAGAAAGUUCUUUUCAUGAGGUACUGGAAGGAGAAGCUGGAAAGUGAACUGCUAGAUCAUGUGGCCUUAAAUCAUUUGGGCCGAGGAAAC